CAUGGGGUCGCCACGGGUUAGGGGCUGACUGAACAGCAGCUAACAGCAGCAACUUGGUGCAGAGCAGGUUACAUUCCUUAUCUAAUUUAAUGAAAUAAGUACUAAUUUGGUAGCUCUUAGUCGUUCAUGGUUCCUGUGCAUUAUUUCCCUUGUUGAUGUUUGUCAGAGUUUGUGUAGCCAUGCUUUUCUGAGAGUUGUUGGAAAACCCAUCAAGUUUUUCCGGUAGAAGCAAUGAGUAUGUCUGUCUAACCCAGACUCCUGUAUGCAGUCGUGGUGAGACAGUACCCCUGAGGUGUGUUUGUUGGGUUUUACUAACAAGAAAUGAAUGAAUUUUCUCUUGAAAUGUAAGAGGUCAAAAUUUAAGAACUGCUAAGAAGAUACAGAAAGAUGAAGAGGACCAUAAGGGACACAGAGCUAGGCGUUUUUACUUAUUAAUUUUUAAGCUGUAGUGUGAUUUAUUUAUUGGUUGUCAGCAUGGUGUGGUUCUCAUUUUUUAAUUUUAAAUGUGCAUUCUACUAAUGAUUAACACUUAUUGAGUGCUUAUAAUACGCCAGGCCUGAUACUGAAUGCUUUAACUAGGUUAUCUUAUUUAAUCCUCGCCAGUGUUAUGGUAGGCUCUGAACUACACCCAUUUUACGUAUGAGAACACUAAGGCUUAGCUUAAAUAGUUACUUGAAAGUGGUGACUGCACUCAGGCCGUCUGACUGCCGGGCAAACACUCUUACCUACUAAACUACAUAGGAACUCUGCUCCAGCGUGUGGAAAGUAUUUUAAAAAAGAAAAAUUGCCGUAAGUCAGUUCCUACUCAUGGCGACCCUGUGUGCGUCAGAGUAGAACUGUGCUCUGUGGAUUUUUCGGGGACUGAUUUUUCAGAAGUAGAUCACCAGGACUUUCUUUCGAGGUGCCUCUGGAUGGACUCAGAUUGCCAACCUUUUGCUUAGCGGCUGAGCACAUUAACUGUCUGCGCCACCCAGGAACUCCAUGGAAAGUACAACAGAUGCUAAUAUUUAAGUUUUUUUUGUUGUUGUUGCAGAUUUUCUGAUACAAUGGCAACCCCAAGGGGAAGGACAAAAAAAAAGGCAUCUUUUGACCAGUCUUCCGAUAACCUUCCUUUGAGGAGCUCCGGCAGGCAGGCAAAGAAGAAAGCCACCGAGACAAUGGACGAGGAUGAAGACGGGGGCUCAGAGAAGAAGUACAGGAAAUGUGAAAAGGCCGGCUGUACCGCGACCUGUCCUGUGUGCUUUGCAAGUGCUUCUGAAAGAUGUGCCAAAAAUGGCUACACCUCCCGAUGGUAUCACCUCUCCUGCGGGGAGCAUUUCUGUAACGAAUGCUUUGACCAUUACUACAGAAGUCAUAAGGAUGGCUAUGACAAAUAUACUACAUGGAAAAAAAUAUGGACCAGGAAUGGCAAAACCGAACCCAGUCCCAAAGCAUUCAUGGCAGACCAGCAGCUCCCCUACUGGGUUCAGUGCACAAAACCUGGGUGUAGGAAGUGGAGGCAGCUUACGAAGGAAACCCAGCUCACCCCGCAGAUAGCGAAGACUUACCGGUGUGGCAUGAAACCAAGUACUGCUGUUAAGACCGAGACCUCCGACCACUGUGCCCUCCCAGAGGAUCUGCGAGUGUCAGAAGUCUCUGACCACUGGUGGUAUUCCAUGCUCAUCCUACCUCCUCUGCUGAAGGACAGCGUGGCGGCACCGCUGCUCUCUGCCUACUACCCCGACUGCGUCGGCAUGAGCCCCUCCUGUGCCAGCACGCACCGCGCAGCCAGCGACGCCACCUCCGGGAAGCUGGAGCACUCCAAGGCCGUGCCCUCCGUGCUCGUUCCAGGCAUGAACCGCUACUUCCAGCCUUUCUACCAGCCCAACGAGUGUGGCAAAGCCCUGUGCGUCAGGCCAGACGUGAUGGAGUUGGAUGAGCUGUACGAGUUCCCGGAGUAUUCCCGAGACCCCACCAUGUACCUGGCCUUGAGAAACCUCAUCCUCGCCCUGUGGUAUACUAACUGCAAAGAAGCGCUCACUCCUGAGAAGUGUGUUCCUCACAUCAUCGUCCGGGGCCUUGUGCGCAUUCGGUGCGUUCAGGAGGUGGAGAGGAUCCUUUACUUUAUGACAAGAAAAGGCCUGAUCAACACGGGCGUUCUGAGUGUUGGCACUGACCAGCAUCUUCUUCCUAAAGAUUACCACAAUAAAUCUGUCAUCGUUGUUGGAGCCGGUCCAUCAGGAUUAGCAGCUGCAAGGCAGCUCCAUAACUUCGGAAUUAAGGUGACUGUCCUGGAAGCCAAAGACAGAAUCGGUGGCCGAGUAUGGGAUGAUAAAUCUUUUAAAGGCGUUACGGUCGGAAGAGGAGCCCAGAUCGUCAAUGGCUGCAUCAACAACCCGAUAGCGCUAAUGUGUGAGCAACUUGGCAUCAGAAUGCAUAAAUUUGGAGAGAGAUGUGACUUAAUUCAGGAAGGUGGAAGAAUUACUGACCCCGCUGUGGACAAGCGCAUGGACUUUCAUUUUAACGCUCUGCUGGAUGUUGUGUCUGAGUGGAGGAAGGAUAAGACUCAGCUCCAAGAUGUCCCUUUAGGAGAAAAGAUAGAGGAGAUCUACAAAGCUUUUAUUAAGGAGUCUGGCAUCCAGUUCAGUGAGCUGGAAGAGCAGGUGCUUCACUUCCACCUCAGUAACCUGGAGUAUGCCUGUGGCAGCGACCUCCACCAGGUGUCGGCUCGUUCCUGGGACCACAAUGAAUUCUUUGCACAGUUUGCUGGUGAUCACACCCUCCUAACCCCGGGAUACUCUGUAAUAAUAGAAAAAUUGGCCGAAGGACUAGACAUUCAGCUGAAAUCUCCAGUGCAGAGUAUUGAUUACUCUGGAGAAGAAGUGCAAGUUACCACUACAGAGGGCACGGUGUGUGCGGCGCAGAAGGUGUUAGUCACGAUACCACUGGCCUUACUGCAGAAAGGUGCCAUUCAGUUUAAUCCACCGCUGUCGGAGAAGAAGAUGAAGGCUAUCAACAGCUUAGGCGCAGGAAUCAUCGAAAAGAUUGCCUUGCAAUUUCCUUACAGAUUUUGGGACAAUAAAGUUCAAGGGGCUGACUUUUUUGGUCAUGUUCCUCCUAGUGCCAGCAAGCGAGGGCUUUUUGCCGUGUUCUAUGACAUGGAUCCUCAGGUAAGCUUACUGGGGAAGUGUGGUUUGAAUUACCUUAUUACAGAGUAGAAUUUGGUUUGGGAAUCACUUAGCAUCAGGCUCAAGAACUAGUGAAAAUGGUGGAGACACGUCAUCUGUGUUUAUGUUCCGGAAGGAACAUGGACUGGAAUGGUUUCCCUAUAGGAAAGGAACCUAAUACUCCCGUAUAUUCUUGAAGUACUAAUGUUGUUCCUUUGGAAAUGAAGUCGAUGUUGUGGAAAGUGUGUUAUUUCAGACUGUAGGGGAGUUCCGCUAAUGUAAACUCAGUGGCAGCACAGUGAAUUAAUGGUACUUGAAACUCACUGUCUAAGGGGCCUCUAGUGAGCUGCGGUGAAGGGUCUAGGUAAGG